ACCCCCAGCUCUUUACAAGAUUCCCAUUGAAAACCAAAGGUAACUAUUAAAUGUCUUUUUUUUUUUUUUAACAGCUGUCUAUUGACAGAUUUCCUGGAAACCAAAAACAAGUGGUCAGUGAGUUCUGGAGAAAAAUAAUGUAAUCCUUUUUUAACUUGAGUGCUGGAGUCCUUAUUUAAAAACACACAUCUAAGCAACUGCAGUUAAAAAGUCACUAGUAUCAUCUCAGGACAGGAGGCUGGAGAGAUAAAGAAUGGAAAAAUUAACCUGUAUCACAAAGUUCAUGGUGAACCCGUGCAAUUUACUUGCAGGAGUUCUAUUUGUUCCAGCGCUUUUCUAAAAUUCUUAGACACAGUAAAUGGUGAUUUUGGGACAGGACAGAAGAUUUAUACACCAGAGCAUUUAUGGCCUGAAACUCAGUUAUUAAUGAGAAAUUACUGCAUGUUAUACGCCUGGUGACAGUGACCUUACAGCCUAUGAUGGAGGGAGAAGAGCUGCCUGGGCUUCUGGUGAAUGAAAUUGGAGGAAUGCAUGGGAUACUGCAUGACCAUGUGGAGUUUCUGAAGAAGCACUUCUGCCUCAUCACUAUGAAGGAAUUUCUUGAAAACAAAAAGAAUAUGAGAAAAAAGGUCCAAGCGAUCUAUUUGUGGUGGCACAAACCAGCCAUUGACAAAGACCUCCUCCAGAGCCUGCCCAACUUGAAAGUGAUUGCAAAUUCAGGAGUAGGGAUGGAUCAUCUGGAUCUGAAACUUGUGGCUGGCUUUGGUGUGAAAAUGGCUAAUGCUCCACGUGCUGUUUCCAGUAGCACAGCAGAUACUGGGAUGGCUUUGCUGCUGGCAUCUGCUAGAAGACUGGUAGAAGGCUAUCACGUUGCCGUUUCCCCAGGUGUGGAGUAUUGUGAAGUUGAUUUUCUUGGAGUUGAAGUUACUGGAGCUACUCUGGGGAUCGUUGGCAUGGGCAGCAUUGGGUAUAAGAUUGCUCUGAGAGCAGAGAUGAAGAUUUUGUACCACAACAGAACACGGAGGAAAGAGCAGGAAGAACAAGCUGUUGGUGCCACUUACUGUGAGAAGAUGGAUGAUUUGCUCUGCCAGGCAGAUUUUGUGAUGGUGGUGGUGAGCCUGACACCUCAGACACACAAGCUGAUUGGGAAAAGAGAGAUGGAACUGAUGAAACCCACAGCUACUCUCGUUAACAUCAGCCGAGGUGCAGUGGUGGACCAAGAGGCACUGGUGGGAGCUCUGCGCACUGGUGCUAUCAGGGCUGCAGCUUUGGAUGUCACCGACCCGGAGCCGCUGCCCAGAGAUCAUCCAUUACUAAAAUUGAAGAAUGUAAUUAUAACACCUCACCUUGGCAUUAAAACAGACAAGGCCACCCGCAUGAUAACAGAGGAAGCAGUUGAAAACAUACUAGCAGCUCUUACUGGUCUUCCCAUGCCUAGUGAAGUGCUGCCUAGCUGAAGAGCAAAAGGAGCUCUAAAUAUC